AUGAAUCUUGAUUCACUUCAACAUCACUAUGGCGUACUAAUUGUCCUGAUAACAUUUCUCAGUCGUAUUAUAUUUAUCGGAUUCUGUUGGAGUUAUGGAACAGUUAUCGUGGAGUUUAAAAAACAAAAUUCGACCUUAUCAGACACUGAAAUGAGUUGGAUUGGAAGUAUUGGACAGAGUUUUGGUGGAAUAUUUGCACCGAUCAUACUUCUUUGCAGUCAUCGAUUUGGCUAUCAACUAUCGUUUAUUGCCUCUCUGAUUAUCUGUAUUCUCUCUUUAUUCUUCUCAUCCAUGGUACAAAAUCUUCAUUGGUUGUUGUUGACUUAUUCAUUUCCGUACGGAUUCGCCAAUGCCGCCAUCUUCAUUCUUGGAACAUUGGUUUGCGGUCUAUAUUUUCCAGUGGGUCAACAUCCAAAACAUGUCCUCGUAAUGUGCAUUAUCUCCACCGGCUUUCCAAUUGGUUAUCAUAUCAUGAGUGCAUACAUGUUCUCUGAAAUCGAAGAACACGGUUGGCAAUCAAUGAAAAGACGCGUAGCACUAAUUGAACUAUUGGUGGCAUGCGUACUUGGCCCACUAUUCACGACAAAAGGUCUAUUGAACUCAUCACAGGAGUAUCAAUAUCCAACAGCGCCGUUGAUUCCGGGCACUAACAAGAAAAUUUACUAUUCUAAACCAAUCAUUUAUUGGAUGAUGGGCAUCUUUACUGCGAUGUGUGCCGUGAAUAAUUUUCUCCUUCAUUUGCAUAGUCAUUUGGAAUACUUACUCAUAUCACCUGUACGAGCAGAUCUUUGGUUUCGUUUACAUGGUUUAUUUGAUGCUGUGUUUCGUCUAUCGAUUCCGUUUUUAAUUCGCUUUUAUCCAAUUGACAUUAUCUACUUAUUUCCAGCAAGUGUUUUUACAGGUUUAAUUGUUUUGACAUUAACAUUCAGUUUGCUCUAUACGAGUUUAAAUGCAUUGGCAAUUUUUCCGAUCAUCUUGUUCAGUUUCACUUCAGCGGUUGUAACAGCGUUGCAAUAUACAGUUUCGAAUCGCAUUUUCGAAGAAGAUCGUACUGAACAAGGUUACGUUUAUCACGUGAUUGUUACAAGUCUUGGAACAACCGUUGGUCCUGUCAUUGGAGGUCUACUUCUUGAUAUGACUGGAAGCUAUAAAUCUAUCAUUCCAACGUCGAUAUUUUUCCUUUUCGUUAGUUUUAUUUCAUUCGGAUCAACGAUAUUAAUAUUAAACAAGAAGAAAGCUAAUGAGCUUGAAGAAAGUCAAACAGCAUCGAUUCAUCAGCAUGACAAUGCUGCCUAUGGUUCAUCUUAUUAG